GCCCUGUCACUGUGCGAGCAGGAGAGGGAGGGUCAACAUGGCGUCUGAACAGGAGAGCUCCAAUGGGCCCGUGAAGAAGUCCAUGCGAGAGAAGGCGAUAGAAAGACGUGGUAUCAACAAGGAACACAACAGUAACUUCAAAGCAGGCUAUGUACCCAUAGAAGAGGAGCGUCUUCAUAAGACAGGGCUGAGAGGACGCAAGGGAAACAUGGCUGUCUGCGUUGUUGUCCUCCUCUUCCUCCUCGCCUUAAUCAACCUCAUUAUCACUCUGGUAAUAUGGACAGUGAUACGUAUUGGUCCAAAUGGGUGCGACAGUAUGGAGUUCCAUGAGACCGGCCUGCUACGCUUCAAACAGAAGGCAGACAUGGGCAUUGUUCACCCACUGCACAAGAGCACAGUAGGAGGCCGCAAAGACCAGGACCUGGUUCUUGUUGGCAACAAUAAUCCGGUUGUGUUCCAGCAAGGCACUACUAAGCUGAGUGUAGAGAAGGACAAGACCUCAGUCGUCAGUGAUGUUGGCAUAUCCUUCACAGACCCUCGCACGCAGACCACAUUCUUCAGCACAGACUUUGAAAACCACGAGUUCCAUUUGCCCAAAGGAGUCAAAGUUCUCAGUGUCAAAAAGGCCUCCACAGAAAGGAUCACCAGUAGUGCAGCGUCUGACCUGAACAUUAAAGGCGACAGCAAGGCCAUCAUUCGUGGAAAUGAGGGCGUCAACAUCAUGGGCCGCACUGUAGAGUUCAAGAUGGGCGGAGGCAUCGAGCUCAGGGCUGAGAACAGCAUCGUCCUCAAUGGAUCGGUCAUGUUCAAUGCUACACGCAUCCCUAACUCCGCGGGAGAUGUGUAUUUCGAUGAAGGCAUGGAGAGGUAUAAGCUCUGCAUGUGUGCAGAUGGGACUCUGUUCCGUGUGCAGGUGAAAUAUCCCAACAUGGGCUGCCAGACUUCAGAUAACCCGUGUAAAAAAGCUCACUAGGAGACUUGACUGGAGUCUGCUCUUACAUCUCCCUACAGUCUGUCACCACUGAAGUCAGAUUACAAAUUUGCAUAUAUAUAGAAAAUUCUAUAGGACAUUCAUCAUGACUUGCACAUUAUGAUACCUCUGCAGGAGACCUGAUAAAUUCUGUAUUCCUUAUUUUGUUUGCCAAACAGGAAUUGUGUUACAGAUCAUUGCCACUUGGCCAAAGAUACAAACACACAUGCAAGUGCUGAAGUAUUUUUAUUGUUCUGCAGGUGUGCCAACUUUAUCUAAAAUGAAAUAAUGCCAUAUCAGUGCGUAACACUUUAACAUACUGUCUUUUACACUGCCUACUGAUUAAAAGAAACUACAGUAUUUACUUUUUGCCUUACCGUCCAGUAUUACCACUAUACAGACCUUGCAAAGGGGUUGUGUAGGAUCUUAUUUGCUCAUUGUUCUGGCAGCUUUGUUUGAUAUUUUUGUUUUAUUAUAUUCACUGACAGGCGUGAGACACUACAUGAUUAUUAUAAUGAUUUAAGUAAUAUUAAAUUUGAGAUAAACUGAAAAACACAAGGUAUAUUUUAAGCCAUCCAGUAAAACUGAGUAGGUCUCUUUGUUGGACUGUCCAUAAUGCACGUGCCAAUGGAUUUACAAGGGAUGAUAUAGAAUAUAAUAUUUAUGUAAUAUUCUAAUUUUGUUGCAAAACAUUUUUUUACGACAAAAUAAUACAAUAUUGACAAACAGAAGGAGAGUGUGUGCACUAAGUUAUGCUACAGAUUAAUGCAAAUCUCUUUAAAUGUUGAUGAAUGUCAGGAAAGCUUAAAUCAGUAGCGUGGUUUGAAGCCUAUAUUGAGUGGUUUGAAUUUUGUGCAAUAUAUAUAGUAUAAAAGAUUUGACACUCAUUUUUGCUUUGGAUUGUCUUGUCUGUUUUAUAAUGUUGAGAAACGUCAUGAAGUAGUCGCUCUCAGAGAAUCACAGAUGUUGUCUGUUGUGUUUUUGAUCAGCUAAAUAAAAAAAAAAAAAAAAAAUGUCAAUCAGCCUUAUUUGAAAAAAAUGUCCAACAUUUCAUUGCUAUGUUUGUUUCAAUAAAGAAACAUGUUGCUAUGUGAAACUU